ACGGCGCACGGGGGCAGGCCGGAAGCGUGAGCGGUGCGGGGGCUGGCGGCGAGCGAGCGCUCUGCCGGCGGAGCACGCCUCGGGGCCGGGAAGAUGUUGCCCCUCUCCAUCAAGGACGAUGAAUAUAAGCCGCCCAAGCUCAACCUGUUCAGGAAGGUGUCGGGCUGGUUCAGGUCCAUCCUGGCAGACAAGACCUCCCGCAACCUCUUCUUCUUCCUCUGCCUCAAUCUCUCCUUCGCCUUCGUAGAGCUGCUCUACGGCAUCUGGAGUAACAGUUUAGGUCUAAUAUCAGAUUCUUUCCACAUGUUUUUUGACUGUACUGCUUUAUUGGCUGGAUUAGCAGCUUCUGUUAUUUCAAAAUGGAGGUCAAAUGAUGCUUUCUCCUAUGGCUAUGUUCGAGCAGAAGUGCUUGCUGGUUUUGUAAAUGGUUUAUUCCUGAUCUUCACAGCAUUCUUCAUUUUUUCUGAAGGUGUUGAGAGAGCUCUUGAGCCUCCUGAUGUGCAUCAUGAGAGACUGCUUCCUGUUUCUAUCCUAGGAUUCAUAGUAAAUCUUAUAGGAAUAUUUGUUUUUCAACAUGGAGGUCAUGGGCAUUCACAUGGCUCUGGGCACGAACACAGCCAUUCUCUAUUUAAUGGUGGUCUCAGCCACGGAGGUCACGGUCACAGCCACGAACACAAACAUGCCCAUGGGCAUACUCAUGAUCAUGGUCACAGCCACGGACACUCUCAUGGUCAGAAUUAUUGUCAUGAUGAUCAUUCUCUUGAGGGGAUGGCUGGAUCCAGCAAACAGAUUUUGCAAGGUGUAUUUCUACACAUCGUUGCAGACACGCUGGGAAGCAUUGGUGUAAUCAUAUCUGCAAUACUGAUGCGGAACUAUGGUCUCAUGAUAGCAGAUCCUAUUUGUUCAAUGCUGAUAGCACUACUUAUAGGUGUAAGCAUUGUUCCGCUUUUGAAAGAAUCCAUUGGGAUUUUGAUGCAGCGAACACCUCCUUCCCUGGAAAAUGCCCUGCCUCAGUGCUACCAGAGGGUGCAGCAGUUGCAAGGAGUUUACAGUUUACAUGAUCCACACUUCUGGACCCUCUGUACUGAUGUUUACAUAGGAACUUUGAAAUUAUUAGUGGCUCCUGAUGCUGAUGGAAGGUGGAUUCUAAGCCAAACUCACAAUAUUUUUACUCAGGCAGGAGUAAGGCAGCUUUACAUACAGAUCGAUGUGGCAGCCAUGUAGUGCAUUUCUGAAACUGUGCUGUUGGACCAAAGUUUUCUGUACUGUGAUGUUACAACAAAAGUACUUCUUAAGACAAAGCCUGCCUCCACCGCUGUUCUGGAGAUGACUGAAUAGGUUUCUACCCUCGGGCUAUGGAUGAAGUUCCCUUCAAAGGAGUAAAUAUUGAAUGAAUGUCAUGAACUCUGGGUUUUUUCUUUUUGUAGCCCCUAAACUUGCACGGUUUUGAGAGGUUUUUUUACUUACUAAGGUUGUGGUACUGCAAACUGUCAUGUCUUCAGUCAAGCUGCUGAAACCACUGCUCAUUCCCAUGAAACCAGUGUCACCAACAACUGGAAACUUGUUUUGUAGGUAAUGUCACAAUGGCUGACAUGCUUCCAUAUCAUUGUAUGUUGUACAAUUGUUUGUACUUUGCAAACUUAAUGAACCAAACCAUAUUGGGUUUUCAAAGUGCCUUUUAUAUCAGGAGAGGUAUUUGCCAGCAUAAAUAGAGAGCAUCAGAGGGGUUUUUUACUUUGACAAGUAUCUUGUAUACAAUCUUGAUUAUUUACUGGUAAUGUAUGUGGGGGUUUGUGUGCUUGCAUAACUAUAGAUGUUAGACUUCCCUUACCCUUGCAGCUUACCAAAUGGGCAGAUUCUCAGUAUAAAAGGUAAAGCUGUCCUGAUGAGGCUUGCUUCUGAAACAGGCUGGAUAUUUCCUUGCACAUAUCUCAUGGCAAUUAUUUUAGGCAGAAUGUUAGAUUUAUCUCUAAUUCUCAGUCUCUUCAUACUGUUGAGAGUAAAGAGACAUUACAUGGUCUACUGGGGCUUAUAGUCACUGAAACAACAGGUAGCUGAGGGAAUAUGCUGACGGUAGAAGCAACAUACAAAGCUUUUUGUCUUCUAAGUUACUUGGCAGGAACAGUUAAAUCCCUAAAUUGUUUAUGAACUCUUAAAUCUCCUUGAUUUUAGUAGGUUGCAAUACUUGUUACUGAAGUGAUUGACAAGGUAACUUUUGCCUUUCCCAGUACUGAAAAUGGCAGUUCCCAGUGGUUAUACCUGCAAUGGAAAUAAGGGCCAUGGUUGAUGCUGCUUAAGAUGAUGCUGUUUCCAGGUUGGCAACCAUAAUAUUUUUUACUAUAUUACUGUAUUUUGUGAGGGGAAAAAAAUUCUCAGUGCAGUAGGUGGUUGUUUUUUUUAACCCAGAAACAUAAUUCUGUCCUGUUUUUCUAGCAUUUGUAAUCAUUUUACACUUUCAGAUUUGGGUGUUUUCAAAGCCAAUCUGCUCUACUUGGUAUUAGAGAUGAUAAUUCCACUAUGCUGUAGUGGUUAACUUGGUAAUGGAAAAAAAUGAUAAGAUGUUUUAUUAACAGAACUUUGUGGAGUAAUAAAGAAGACAGGCAUGUUUCUGAUAAAUCAUGGCUAAUAUUGCUGGUAUGGCUUUUCAGUCUUUUGGUAUACCUGAUCUUUGGUCAUAGUGAAGUCAAGGCCCUCUGAAGCUUCAUAACAUCUGUGUAGUAGUAGCUGGGCACUGUGAAAGUACUGACUUCACAGGAAUGGUUUGUUUGCCACUGAUGUUGCUGAAGUCAUGACAGAGAUGAGGAGUUUCUUGCAUUCAUUCUGCUGUUCCUAUUUUGAUGUCUUCACAUGAGAACAUGAGGGUUGUCUGUCAUGGUUUAACACCCGUCAGCCACCAAGCACCAUGUAGCUGCUCACUUGCUUCUUCAUCCCCAUCCUUGGUGGGAAUGGGAGAAAAAUCAAGGAAGGAAAAGUCAAACUUGUAGUAAGUUAAACAGCUUAGUCAUUGGAAUAAAAUAUUAUACUUGUAAUAACCAGGAAGAUAACAGAAAAAUAUUGUUGAUUGGCUAGGGCUGGCUGAUAGGUUGGACUGGAUGAUCUUGGAGGAGGUCUCUUCCAACCUGGUUGAUUCUAUUCUAAGAUAAAACCCAAGAAAAGGCAGGUGAUGCACAAUGCAGUUGCUCACCACCCACUGACUGAUACGUGGACCUCCCUCCACCACUGCCAGCUCCCUCCAGUUUGUGUACUGAGCUUAAUGUUCUGUGGUUUGGAAUGUCACUGGAACAGGCUGCCUGGGGAAGUGGUGGAGCCACCAUCCCUGGAGAUAUUUAACAGAUGUUAAAUAGAUGUUUAGACGUUGUGCUGAGGGACAUGGCUUAGUAGUGGGUUAAUAGUUAAACUCAGUGGUCUUAAAGGUGAUCCUUUUGGCAAGUUCUAGUCAACUUGCUUGGCCUCCCAGCUUCUUGUGCACCUGCUUGGAGGCAGAGCAUGGGAAACCGAUAAAGCCUGUAACUUAGGAUAAGCACUACUUAGCAACAACUAAAACAUCAGUGUGUUAUCUACCUUGUUUUCACACUAAAUCCAAAACACAGCACUGCAUCAGUGCCUAGGAAGAAAAUUAUCUGUCCCAGUUGGAAACAAGGCAUUGCCAAACUGUUUUUCAGAUGAGAUAUUGGAAUGUCUCUGUUGGUUUUCUACAAACUUGGGGGUGUACUCUUGUGAUUGGAACUGACAACUGAGUGUAAUGAAAAAAAUAGCAGAAAAAAACGUUUAAGCUUUACACUCUCUUAUAAAAUCUUCAGAGCCUUCUUUGUCCCUGUUGCUGGUUUGUGAUCCUGUUUGCUUCUCCUGAGGAUGCAGUGCCCUUUAAGCUGGCUGAACUGUUCCAUGUAUUUCUCUUCUGGUCUUCUGCAUCAUGCUCUGUCAGGCUCCCUCUGUAUCUCACCUUGCAGAUGCUCUGCCAGGUCUGUGGUUGGCAUCUGAAAGGUGGACUGCAGAGUAGGGUGCAAGAAUCUGUUGAGCAGAUUGGAGUAUUGCACUUGGAGAUACCAUUUACAUGUACGUUCACAGAAAAGGUAAACACGGCGGUGAUACAGAGCAGGGAUACCUCACAUCUGUUUGGAGUAUGUUGCACAUAGACUGCUUCAUGUUUGUUCACUGCAUGAUCUCUUUAUUAUGGGUUUUUUGUAGUUAAUAUUAGUACUGAUUGAGGCUAGAGAAGAUCAACUCAUAACACUUCAAAGGCAAGCACCGGGCAGUAUCACUGUAAUCGUGUCAUGAUCCAAGAGCAGGCUUUGAGUGUAAUCAUUUCUAUUCCAGCAUCUUCUGAACUUGCUGAAACACUCUGAAAUACUCAAGUGCUGGGCAAGUUGCUGAGCUUGGCCACUGUUGUAGUUUUCUUAAUAGAAAGACAGGUGUUGCAAUUAGCUUCCAGCUGAGAAUCUGCCUGAGUGGCAGCUGGGUUUCUUUGAUGGUGAUGUGGUGCUUUGUUGGGUGUUUCUGUAAGAUUUACAUGUACAAACUUUGUGAAUACAGGAAGUGAAGUGGAAAGGUCUAUAAGCUGGUUAGAACCACACAAGAUUGAUUUUAGUAACUUUGGACAUCUUUUUGUUGCUUAUGACUUACACAACUGUUGGAAGCAUGUGUACAGAUCUUGAGUUUUCUAACCAAGGCAGCACUUUCUUCACUAUUUCUAAGGCCAUUAUGUUUUUAUAGUAAGAAAUGUAUCAUUUGCUAAAUAUAAUAGAGGAUAGUGUGGGACAGGCAUAUUUAAAGAGACUUGAAGUCAUUGUAGACUUCCUGGAAAAAGAUAAGCAUCACAAAAUUCUACAAAGGACAGCAGCUGAUAUGUGCAGUAGGCACAGUCACAUCUAGUAUGUCAGUAAAAGCAAUGACAUCUGAUUCAUACUUUCUUUCACCUACUAAGGGGAUACUUGCUCAGAGUAGAGAUCAUGCAGCUAAAAGUGCAGCUUCUCUUGUCCUGAAGAGUCCAAGCACCUGCCUUGUUAAUAACCUAACACUUUGCUGCUUAUGUAACACUUUGCUUUCAAUACUUUAUUGGAGAUGUCAUUGUUUGAAGAUUAAUGUGAAUGAAGAUAUCCAGAGAUGGAUGAAUGGCUGCAGAUCAUCUGCUAAAACUCAACUUCCUGGUGUCAAGUAAUGAAUUCUGAAUCAAGUUUUCAAAGUGUGCUUUUCUCACGUUUUCACAUAGCUAAAGCUUAACUGUGGGGUUCCUGGUCUGUCUUUGUGCACUGUGUCUUUUCUGUGACUGGAAACAGUAACUUAGAACCACAUUAUCCCAAAGACCAGGCCUGCAACCAGCAUGAUUUUUGCAGGACCUACAGCAAAGUAAGAAGAUAUAACUAAGUGCUGCAGACAUAAGGAAGAAAACCACUCUUCAGAGCGUGCACAGUGAAGACUGCUCUGUUGUAGGCUAACCCUGCAGGUCUCUAGGCAUGUUCUUGCUCCUUACAUCAGCAGGGCCCCUACAGCCAGCUACAUGACUGGUGUGAUUUGCUAAACUAAGGCAGUCCAAAUAUAUUACUCUGCUUUGUAUGCAAUACUCCUUACUGAAAGUUUAACUGCAUCAUUAGUAACAGCUGCAGACACUACUUUGACACAAAAAUCUAAGCUGCUGCUGCUGCUACUACUACUAAAAGGAGCCUUAAUGACUCUUAACAUACCUUUUUUUUUUUCCCCUGAAGUAAGGCUUGUGUUUAAAGGUGAAGGAAAGAAAUAGUGUCUCUCUUUAAACUGUUCUAAGUGCACCUGUUUGGGGAAUGAAAACAAGAUACAAGAGGCAUGAGAAACUGCUGCUGAACUGGUUUUCCACCCUUUGCACCCACUGUGCAAUCAUGUUUUCAAGUUCAGGGCUUUUCUCACAGUGCAGAUUUCAGCUGCUGAAACUUUUUUCCUGCUUCUAUAAUGUGCAAACCCUGAUCAAGACUCAUCUAGUAAGAGCUUUAAUUAUCAGUUCAGUGCAACAGCUGUAGUUACCAGUUAAGCCCUAUCCUGUUUUCCCCAGCAGCCACCAGACUGCUGUUUGCUAUCGUUCUUGACAAUCCCAGCUCUUGUAAGCAUGUCUGGGAAUGAGUAUAGAGGGAUUUGGGUUGGUAUUUUUUUUUCUUUUAAAUAAUCCAUUUCUCUGAUCCCUAAUGCUGACUUCAGAGGUUAAUUCCUACUUUACAUGCCUGUGAGAAGCCCUAUCUACAACUUGCCAGGAUUCCCUUUUUGGAUUUCUUCCCCAUCCAGGCUUUGUUGCUGUGUUGGAGCUUCAUUGGCCAGAGACUGCAGUAAUGUGAAAAGGAUGGCAGUUGUGCUUCUGCUGUGCCUGGCAUGUGAAGACACACUCUGUGCAGAUGUUGGUUUGUCUACUUGUCUAUUUCAGCACGUCACAAAAGAUUCCCACCCGUGUGGCAGUGUGGCAGAAAAUGUGCUUUUACACAUUUGUUGUGCCUUUGCUGUCCCAUGUGCAUUGAAGCCACUUACCUGCUGGGAUCUUGCCCAAGAAUUAAUCACUACAGUAUUUUGGCUGAGGUAUGAAGUAUUGUGCAUAAGGAAAGUGCCAGUCAUUCGUGGUAGCAUACAGCAUAUUGCUUGCCUUUACCUUUAAAUUACAGGAAUUGCUCUUAGCAGUGAUCUCAUGUUGAACAGUGCAGUAUCUCCAAAUACCUGGAAAGAAAUCUUCAUGAUAACACAGGGCAGCUCGCUGAAGUUCUGAAGACUACAUCUGAUUUUGAUCUAGAAUGCUAAUGUUAGUAGCUUAGCCAUGAAUUGUCCCAAGUGCAAUAUUAGAUUUUUAAUGUAAUCUUUUCUACUUGAAUAUAAAAUAUUAAGUGUCCUGUAUUGCUGAAAAUAUAUGGGAUCAACAUUUCUUUCCAAUAAAUCUUCAGUUUUAAAAGAA